AUGAAAGAAAACGUCGUUUCGACAUCAAAUUCGUUUGAAAAAAUUUUUGAACAAUGUCAUGUAGAUUUUCAUGAUUAUGAUAAAUUUUCGGAAAUUGGUCCUACUAUUGGUUCAGGACCUUCCGGUGAAAAUUUUCGUGCUGAUUGGAAAUCGCAUGGAAUGAUUGUUAUGUUAAAAAAAUGGAAGGGAAAUCUUGAUACUGAUGAUAAAUCUGUUAUAGAUAAAUUUAUUAGUGAGUACAUGUUAAUAUUUGAACAUGCGGAUGGUGGAACACUUCGUCGACAUCUUCAAAAAAAUUUUUCUUCAUUGUCAUGGAAUGAUAAAUUGAAUCUUGCUAGGCAGAUAGCGAGUGGUAUAGUUUGUUUGCAUGAUAACGAUAUAAUCCUCGGAAAUUUGAAUUCAAGCAAUAUAUUACUGAAAAAUGGCACUAUAAAAAUAUCAGAGUUUGGUUUAUCCAAGAACUUCUCGCAAAUUAAUAGACGUAUUUCUGACGUUAAAGAAGAGCCAAUUAAAGGAACUCCAAAAUCUUUUGUUGAAAUUUAUCGACAAUGUUGGCAUGAUGAUCCUAAGAAGCGUCCCACUAUUCACGAUGUACUGGAAAAGCUUCAAAAUAUUGAGAUACCCGUUAAAAAGAAAAGCAGUAAUGAUAGUAUUUCAAAUAAUAUGAAACCUAGAAUUCGAAGAUCAUCUUCAUCUUCCGAAGGCAAAAGUACAUCACCUCCGAAUAUUACCGAAAAUCAGGUUUCAACUUCUGGAAAAUUUAAAAAGCUUGGAGUAAUAAACACUGAGCUAAGUAAUUCGACUUUUAAUGGAAGAAGACCAUCCCAUUCAAGAAGUAAUUCAUUUCACGAGAGUUUAUCAACUCCAACAACGCCAACUUCUCCAAGUCCGAAUGGAAAUAACAAGAAAAUAAUAGAAAAUACUGAUUCAAUAUUCCUCAAGGAAUUAUUAAAAUUUUUUGCAGACAUAUUAGAAUUAAGCGGUGAUUCUGCUGUGAUGAUCUCUAAUAUCAAAGAAUAUUUACACAAUCGAUCGAGAGAACAUAAGUCAACCCUUAAAACUUUGAAUCAACAUAAAAAUAAUCCACAAUUCGGACCGAUCAUAGGUUACUUUUACGAGAAUUCAAUUGGUACUGUUCAAGAUAAACAAGCUGCCUUCGCUCUUUAUCAGAAAUCAGCAGAUAAUGGUGAUCCAAUAGGUCAGUAUUUCCUUGGUAAAUGUUAUCAAAAUGGAAACGGUGUGACAAAGAAUGUAUCUCGAGCUAUAAUGUAUUAUAAACUAGCUGCUGCUAGUGGAUAUUCUUUAGCACAAAGUAGGAUUGAUGGCUUAUCAAAACAAAGAAGGCCAUCAUCUGUUUUAAAAGUCAGUACAAAAUGA